AUGCCCAAUCCUCCUCGUUUUGUUAGAGUCGAUCCAAGCCAGAGAAAGAAGCAAAAGGUGGAACAACCACAAUGCCAGACUUGUUUCAAUUCAUUCGGAACACAACAAGAACUCCGCGACCAUAUCGCAGACUAUCAGGCCAACGGUCUACAGGCGGAUAAUAUCAUAGCGGAUUGCAUUACCCGUGACUGGGACACCGAGCAGGAAAAUGACGACAGCAGUAACCUCGCAGACAAUGGAUACGACAUCGAUGACAGUGAUGAUGGCAAUUUGAGAGACCAAGAUGACGAUCUCACCUCAACAAAAUGCCCUCACUCAAGAUGCCGUCACAAAGGGCGCUUCCUGAACCGAGCGGGCCUUGAGCGCCAUUUCGAGUCACAUGUUCAAUGCCACGAAAUAUGCAUCUACUGUCGCCAGUUAUUUCAGCAAACACGACAAUACAUACGACACACGUGCCUCACGAGGCAAAAGGCCAACGACGACGAGAGAGACUUCUACAGAAAAGAGCGGUGUACUCAACUCAAGAGAAUAUCUGCCGAUAAACUAAACUGGAUGCUUGCAAGUGAAAAGCACCAAAGUAGAAGGCUCGGUAAAAGAGGCACUGAAUGCUGUGAUGAACCCCCAACCAGCCCUCGCAAACUGCGGAAGGGAAAUGCGAUGCUUGAGAUACAGAACAUUGUGGACAGUGAAGGGUUUGAUGGUCGUCUCAAUGCAGAAAAUGCCAUGCAAGUACCGUUCAUCGCGCCACGUAACCUAAACCCAAUCCCAUAUCCAUCAACUUUAUCCAACGCUACCUUCCUAUCCAAAACCCCCUCCGUCGAGCAUAUGCAACGAUCCUACGAUGCCUUCUUACCCCAGCCGUACGCGCCAAUAUUUGAUGAUAUCACCAUCACACCCUGCUAUGAUUUGGUACAAGAGUCAUAUGCAUUUUCAUCAACGCUGCAGAAUGCGACUUAUCUAACACAGUCCCAUGAGGAUCAGAGCGCUUUGCCAACUUCUGAGGCAAGAAUGAGCUAA